AUGGGAAUAAAGGUUCAACGUCCACGAUGUUUUUUUGACAUCGCUAUUAAUAACCAACCAGCUGGAAGAGUUGUCUUUGAAUUAUUUUCUGAUGUGUGUCCCAAAACAUGCGAGAACUUUCGUUGUCUUUGUACAGGUGAAAAGGGAACAGGAAAAUCAACUCAGAAGCCAUUGCAUUAUAAGAGCUGUCUCUUUCACAGAGUUGUCAAAGAUUUUAUGGUUCAGGGUGGAGACUUCAGUGAAGGAAAUGGACGAGGAGGGGAAUCUAUUUAUGGAGGAUUUUUUGAAGAUGAGAGUUUUGCUGUUAAACACAACAAAGAAUUUCUCUUGUCAAUGGCCAACAGAGGGAAGGAUACAAAUGGUUCUCAGUUUUUCAUAACAACAAAACCAACUCCUCAUUUAGAUGGGCAUCAUGUUGUUUUUGGGCAAGUGAUUUCUGGUCAAGAAGUUGUGAGGGAAAUAGAAAAUCAGAAAACAGAUGCAGCUAGCAAACCAUUUGCUGAGGUGCGGAUACUCAGUUGCGGAGAGCUAAUUCCCAAAUCUAAAGCUAAGAAAGAAGAAAAGAAAAGGCAUAAAUCCUCCUCCUCAUCAUCAUCCAGUGACUCAGAUAGCUCAAGUGAUUCUCAAUCCUCUUCUGAUUCUUCUGAUUCUGAAAGUGCUUCUGAAGAGAAAUCAAAAAAAAGAAAAAAGAAACAUAGGAAAAAUUCCCGAAAACACAAGAAAGAAAAGAAGAAGCGAAAGAAAAGCAAGAAAAGCCCAUCUAGUGAAAGUGAGGCUGAAAAUCUUGAUGCACAACCUCAGUCUACGGUCCGUCCAGAAGAGAUCCCUCCUAUACCUGAAAAUAGAUUUCUAAUGAGAAAAAGUCCUCCUAAAGCUGAUGAGAAAGAAAGGAAAAACAGAGAAAGAGACAGAGAGAGAGAGUGUAAUCUACUUAACUCCCAGCCUGCUUCAUACCAGAGGAGACUUUUAGUUACUAGGUCUGGCAGGAAAAUUAAAGGAAGAGGACCGAGGCGUUAUCGAACGCCAUCUAGAUCCAGAUCAAGGGAUCGUUUCAGACGGAGUGAGACUCCUCCACAUUGGAGGCAAGAGAUGCAAAGAGCUCAAAGAAUGAGAGUAUCAAGUGGUGAAAGAUGGAUCAAAGGGGAUAAGAGUGAGAUAAAUGAAAUAAAAGAAAAUCAAAGAAGCCCAGUUAGAGUAAAAGAGAAGAAAAUAACUGAUCUCAGGCAUGUGUCUGAGAGUCCAAACAGAAAAAGUGAAAAAGAAAAGAAAAUUAAAGACCAUAAAUCUAACAGCAAAGAGAGAGAGGUCAGAAGAAAUUCAGAGAAAGAGAAAGAUGAUAAGUAUUAUAAAAACAAGGUGAAGAAAAGGGCCAAAUCUAAAAGUAGGAGUAAAAGCAAAGAGAAAUCAAAGAGUAAGGAAAGGGAUACAAAGCAUAAUAGACAUGAAGAAAAGAGGAUGAGGUCAAGGAGUAAAGAAAAGGAUCAUGAGAGUACAAAAGAAAAAGAAAAAUCCGAUUCUAAAGGAAAAGAUCAGGAAAGGAGUAGAAGUAAAGAGAAGUCUAAACAGUUAGAAUCAAAGAGUAAUGAGCAUGAUCAUAAUAAAAGUAAGGAAAAGGAUAGACGUGCACAGUCUAGAAGUAGAGAACACGAUACAACUAAAGGCAAACACAGUUACAAUAGUAGAACAAGGGAACGAAGCAGAAGUAGGGACAGGAGCAGAAGAGUGCGAUCCAGAAGUCAUGACCGUGACCGCAGCAGAAGCAAGGAGUACCAUAGAUACAGAGAGCAGGAGUACAGGAGAAGAGGAAGGUCACGGAGCCGAGAGAGAAGAGCUACACCAGGAAGAUCGAGAAGUAAAGAUAGAAAGAGAAGGAGAAGAGAUUCACGGAGCUCAGAGAGAGAAGAAAGUCAAAGCAGGAACAAAGAAAAACAUAGAAACCAAGAAGGUAAGAGUUCACACAGAAAAGAAAAUUCUGAGGGUGAGAAGAGAAUGCACUCUAAAAAUCGUGAUCAUAAUAGUUCAAAUGAUAACAGGGAUAAAAAGGCUGAUAGAGAUCAAAGUCCAUUCGCAAAAACAAAACAAAGUAGUCAGGACAAUGAAUUAAAGUUCUCCACAUUAAAACAGAAGGAGGAUGAGAAGACCAGAUCCUCAGUGGAAAAAGAAAACCAAAUAUCAAAGGGUCAAGAAAAUGACCACGCACAUGAUAAAAAUAAAAAAUUUGAUCAUGAAUCAAGCCCUGGAACAGAUGAAGACAAAAGUGGAUGA